GACUCUACUCGGCUGGUGCGCGCUCCGAAAGACAGUUUGAAGUGCGGACUCCUCCAAGUUAAGAGUGCGAGAUCAUCUGCGACUUCAUCUACUUUCACUGCACCGAAAAAAAAGGGUUCAAAAGGUUCAUCAUGGGAAACAGGUUCAACAGAAGGCGAGACGCCCCAGCCGACAGUGCUGAAGCUGCUACCACCGAACAGAAGACUGCAGAGGGGCCAGCGGCUACACAACAAGCAGAAGACGCUGGGAUAACGCAGACCGUGGAGACAGAGAACCUAGAUGUGGUGGUGGGGGAGUCAGUGACGCCAGUGGCCUGUUUACCCCCUGAAGAAUGUGUAUCAGAGUGUAAAGAGAUAGAGGCUCCUGCUGCCCCAGCCCCACUAAAUGAUGCUGAACCAGAGCCUGUGACCAAGGAAACCCCAGCUCCAGUCCAACCUGAGCCUCUGGUUUCAGUCAGUGAACCAUCACCUCCUGAACCAGAACCAGUUGCAGAACCAGAACCAGAACCUGUUGCAGAACCUGUUCCAGAACCUGUUGCAGAGCCAGAACCUGUUGUAGAACCAGAACCCGUUGCAGAACCAGAACCCGUUGCAGAACCAGAACCCAUUGCUGAAGCUCAGGUUACACCAGAGCCAGCUCCAGAACCUGUUCCCGAACCCGAGCCCACCUCAAUUCCAGAGGUAGAAGUUGAGGCAGUCCCUGAGCCCAUCUCAGAGUCAAUACCAGCCCCAGCUGAAGCUCUGGAGCAGCAGACAGACAUGCUUACCCAAGAGUCUCUCCCUGAGCCAGUGAUUUCCUCACUCCCUUUGAUUGUCCCUGAUGCAACUUCCCAACCUAUUAACACUCCUCCCUCCCCAGCUCCAAUCCCUGCCCCAGACAGUGCAGACGAGCCCUCAGACAUCCUGGUGACUGAGGAGUGCCAAGACAGUGCUGAGGUUUCUGUGAUUUCCACACUUGAGCCGGAGAAGUCUGAGGAAACAUCAGAAUCUCUGGAAAAGCAGAUGGAGGUGGAGGCUGCAGGGAGUUUGGAGCAGCUAGUGAGCAACGUCAACGAGGAAAGUGUCAGCGAACUUCUACAGAACUUAGAGCUGAAAGGAAAUGACCUUGUCGCUGACCUCAUUCCCAAUGAUGUCAAGAUCCCCGAUGGCACUCCCAUCACAGACAUGAGCAUUUCCACUGACCUGAUGUGAAUCCAAGGAGGAGGAUUUAUGAAAUAAGUGAAUGGAUAUAUUUCUGUGAAACCUUCUUAACCCUUUACAUGAAAUCUGAAAGAAUCGCAGAUGCAAUGUAUUUUUUAUACCUUCAGAGGUGUAAUAAAGGCAAACAGUUAUUUUUCUUUCUAAAUGAACCCAUGUGCCAAAUGAACUCUGGAAAAAACAGAUGUUUUGUCUCACACAAAAAAAAGUCAUACAUAUAUGUUUUUGAUACAUUUAUACUACCUGCAGGUGUGUGGGUGAGGGGUAAAGGGGCUGAAACACCACAGGGGAUAUGAGUGUACUUGUGUGUAUUGUUGGACAACAGAGAUCUUUCUCUAUGCAAAUUCAACAAGAUUCAAACAAGAAUUUAAACAUAUUUCUUGUAGGGACUUGAAGGUGGCAUUGCUAUAUAACAACCCUAUACAAGGGACGUGUGAUUUUUUUAUUAUUUUUUUUUCAUGUUGAUCAAGUACAAAGAGAAAAGUACAAAUCUUUUUAGGUGGAUGGGAAAUGACAGGCAAGGGACAACAGCAAUGCAACCAAAGAUGGAGAUAGUAUGUGCAUACCGCUAUAUGGCAGGAUACAAGAGUCUGAAAACAUUUAUGUCCUAACAUGUUUGGACCUUGCAGUAUUCCUCUAACAGGUGUGAUCAUCAUUUUAUUGUGUUUUCAAUACAAUAAUGUGAUUUGUUUUAACCCAAGUAGUGGCUUGCUUGUGAAAAUAAAAAUAUUAUUCCACA